UGUGGACCAAUUCAUCUCAAGCACGGCGCUUAUUUGCUGUGCUUCAAGCCGGAACAGUGAAAAAAAAAUAAAAAAAUAAUUAAAUAAAUAAAAAUGUAUACAUUUCUGACGUCUCUGCAUCUUCUACAUCUUCUGUACCUCAGGUGAAACGCUUCGCGGAGACGCGAGAGGCCGCUCUUGAGGUGAAAAGGGCGAAAGCCAGAAGCGCAGUGGUUUUCCUCUGUGACAGCAGGGGCUUGUUUUACAGCACAAAACAACAAGGAUGAAGACUCCUGGCGAAGAUGCAGCGACGGGGAUAAUAUCAGGGAGGUUUAGCUGAAAGGCCACCAGCUUCGUCUCGAUCACCGCCGACGGCAACUUGAACAUCGAGGAAGCCGCAGAUGAACGCGUGUGCCUUAGUUCAGAGCCCCUGGAUUUGUUGUUGUUAGCCUCUUAAUGCUAACUAAAGAAGUUGCGAGCUAGCUGGCCUAGCGAGCUAAUGCUUGAAACUAGGAAGGGACAACUACCCGGGUUUGUUUGUUUCGACUCACUGGAUGUUGUCCGGCGAGUAAAGUCGUUUUGUUUUGUUUAGCUAAUGGAGCCAGUUCCAGGAGUGUAGCUUUUGGUUGAGCUUUUCAAGUACAAACCCGAGUAGUUUCCCCAGCUUCCCAGUUAGCCGCCACUAUCCCUGGAAGAAUGAGCAGAAAACAUCAUCAUUUUAAAGGGGCCGAAGUCAGCUGCUGCGUCAAAUACUUCUUAUUUGGAUUCAACAUCAUCUUCUGGUUACUAGGAGCAGCAUUCUUGGGUAUUGGCUUGUGGGCAUGGGCGGAGAAGGGCGUGCUGUCCAACCUGUCGUCCAUCACAGAUCUCGGAGGCUUCGACCCCGUGUGGCUCUUCAUCGUCGUAGGAGGGGUCAUGUUCAUCCUGGGCUUCGCCGGCUGCAUCGGGGCGCUCAGAGAGAACACCGUCCUGCUUAAAUUUUUUUCUGUGUUCCUGGGUUUGAUCUUCUUUCUGGAGCUUACUGCGGGGAUCCUCGCCUUCGUCUUUAAGGACUGGAUCAAAGACCAGCUCAACUUUUUCAUCAACAAUAACGUCAAGGCCUACCGCGAUGACAUCGACUUGCAGAAUCUCAUCGACUUUGCCCAGGAAUAUUGGUCGUGCUGCGGCGCACAUGGGCCCGAGGACUGGAACAUGAACAUCUACUUCAACUGCACUGACAAGAAUCCAAGUAGGGAGCGCUGUGGAGUCCCCUUCUCCUGCUGUGUCAAAGACCCUGCAGAGGACGUCAUCAACACGCAGUGCGGUUAUGAUGUUCGGCUUAAAGGGAAUCUGGACCUGCAGAAAUACAUCUACACCAAGGGCUGCGUGGGACAGUUUGAGAAGUGGCUUCAGGACAACCUGAUCAUUGUAGCAGGAAUCUUUGUUGGAAUUGCACUUUUACAGAUUUUUGGUAUCUGUCUCGCUCAAAAUCUGGUGAGUGAUGUCAAAGCUGUCAAAGCCAACUGGUGACAUGAGAAGUGAAGCGGGGCAGCCCCACCCCGCAGUCCCUGCCCGGUCUACACAGCACACACAAGAGGAGAGCCAACGACUAUGUCUUCUUUGCCACAGAGCUAAGCAGCACAUACACACCCUCUCACAUUUACGAACAAACCCGAACGUUCCUGUUUAUCAGCGACAAUGGUGCAACGGGAACAGGAAAUAUUCCACACAAACAAAACUGUCAAAACUUUGUUUACCACUCAGGUGGGAUUUUAACCUGAACAUACCGAGGACAGUCCUGCCUUUUUCAGAGAUAGAUUGUUCUUCUUUAAUUUUUUUUAUUUUUUAUUUUUUUUUUCUAUUUCCUCAGAUUUUUGUUCUUUGGACAAAUGUAUUUAUGGCACGUUGUUGCACAAGGACUCCUGACAAGUGGGAGAUUGGAAGCCAUGAAUGGAAAUAAGAGGCAACAAAGGAAAAGUGACAAUAAAUCUUCUUUAUUUUUAGGUCAAACAUCGUAUUGUCACAGAGCCUUUGUCCCUCUCCUCUUAAAAAACAAAAAAAAAAAACAGUCUGUUUGUAACGUGCUUAUCCCCACUUCCUGCUCCAGAGGAAGGUGGGCGGCUGGCCGGCCGGCUACUAAACAUAUGGAUUCCUCUGCAUAUCGUUUUCUUUUUUUUCUUUUCUUCCUUCCCUUUUGUGACCUUUAAUGACCACUGAAAAAGCAAAAAAAAACAAAAACAAAAAAGGACUCUGAACACUGGCUGGUCAUGUCUGCAACUUCAAGUCAUUUCAGGAGUCUAAUUUUAAAGUGCCAUUACUUUCCAGUGAUAUUUUCUCGUCUCCUCCUCGCUCUCUACAUGGAAUUUCUGCACCCUGCCCCUCCCAAUACCUCAGGGCCUGGCUGAAAAUAUAUGAUUUCUGCUACCGGUUAAAAGCUUGUCUAUUUUUUUUUUUUCUUUCCAUCGAUGUCUGUUGAAUUUAAAUAGAAUAACUUGACAGUGACAGUUCCUCCAAAGUUGCCCUGUGGUGAUUGUAUUAUCUGUGAUUGACUGAAGGAUGUUGUAUUGUGUUACGCGCAAUUGCCUGGUGGGGUUACGAUUGUAGACCUCUAAUGCGGAGAGAAGGGGUUUGCUGAUAGAGAUUGUUUAUCUCCGGGCAUCCCUCAGGCACAUGGGAUCGCUGGUUUGGGGCCUUUUUUACUUGACAUGUGUUACCAUAUUUGUCUUAUAUUUUGUCCUCUUGCAUGAGAACAUUUUUACUCUUGUUAAAGACGUCCUUCGUUCAUUCUUUUCUCUUUUUUUCUCCUUCCUUUCCUGUCGUCCUGUCGACGCAUAUAUUCGUGGUUUAUUCUUAGACUUCGCCAGGCUAACGAUUUUCCUCUAACACAUCAGCCAGCUGCGAAACAUCUUGUUGAUGAUGUUAGCAGUCCCGAAGGAGACCAAACGCUGUCCGCUGGCCACUGGCUAACUGCAGAGCAUUCCUAAAUAGCCAAAAUGUGAAUUUACUGUCCCAUUAUGUGCCAGUUGAACUGAAAAAUCAAACGCAAACGUCACAGUAUCGCUUUUACCUUUUGUCUUUAGUUCGGGGGCCGCGUUUUAAAUAGAAUAGUAAAUACACGCUGUUACGUUUAUAUUAGCAGAAGUCUCGAUAUAACAUGAAUGCUGCUUCAUCUUCGACUAGGUAUUUGAUGUGAUGUACAAUAAUGGAGCUAACACAGAAGUCUCGCCGAGUUUAAAAAAAAAAAAAAAAAUCUGCCGUGUUUUUACUGUUUCUAGGCCGAGAAAAUAUUCAGAUUACGUGUUUAUUCUGUAAGUGUGCGCUUUGUACUCGGCUUUAGUUGCUCCCCGGUUUUCAUCAUAACAACUGUCAGCUCUCAUUAGGAGUUGCCCUCGAAGCUUUUCAUCUUGUAGUGAAUGAUAAAACUGGGUACACUUGACCACACACAAAUCCCCGCUACACAAACAAAGCGAUGUUUUGAGCAGCGGCAGCAGCGCGCACACCGUGAAAGAUGUGUAGCAUUAAUAUUCUGCGAGGCAGUGCACCAAAACCUUCCCCUUCUCCGCCGAGUCUCUCUGUUCAUUCAGCAGCGGCUCCUUAUGAUCCGUCUGUUGUGCUUACAUGUCACAUGUUGCUUUCGCCCCCACACGCUCCCCUCUUCAAAACUCCUCCUCGUCGGUGCGCACCUGUUUCAGAGCCUGGCAUUUUGAUGUAUUUUUAAACUCUGGGCUCUUUUUUUUUGGGGGGGGGGGACAACAACAGCCAUUUGAAUUUUAGAUGUCGCGCAUGCACGACUUGGGAGGAGAGAAACCGAGCCCGUUCAUGUGGGUGUGUUUCCGUCAGAGAGGUUCAUUUGUCUCAGCACUUUAGGUGUAAUCAAUGAGCGAGAGCCGGCGUAAUGUGAGAAAAAAAACGGCUUCCUUUAGAUUGCAUACGGAAUCAUUUGCAGGAGAACGCGCAACUUACAGUUGUUGUGAAUUCUCACCCAAGGUUGAAACAUUUGCCGGAGGCGACAUGAUGAUUUUUUUUUUUUUUUUAUCCUUUUCAUCUGAGUGGGAGUGUGUGGGCUUCCUUGAUUUCACAAACUGUUGUAAAUCAAUCAGUCCCACUCGACUCUGGAACGUCUGGAUGAAACCAACCAGGAUUUUCUUUUCUUUUUUUUCUCCCCCCUCCUCACCUUUCAAGUUUAAUCUCUUGACAUGUGGGUUGAAGCAGAUAAUUUGUGAUUAAUUAGCAAAUGACAGAUUUAAAUAGUCUUUGAAGUGUUUUUCGUUUUUUUUUUUUUAAAAAAAAACUCCUAAUUAGAAGCAUUUCCCUGGGCUCUUGAACACACCUUUCCUCUCUAAAAAAAAAAAAAAGACAACAUCACGUCUUACGCGUGCUCAGAGAUUCUUGGGUUUUAAAUGAGGAAAUGGAGGGCAGCCCCCUCAUGAGUGACGCUGAAGUCGGAUGGAGGCCGCGAGUGUCGGUGGACUACAGAGCCACGGCUCUAAAACAAAAAGCACUCUCUCUGCUGCCAACGCUGCCUGUGGAUGGAUGUGCCAAUAAUCAGACAGUCACCUUGAUAAUAAGCAUAAUAAUGCCAUCAUUAUUUGGAGUAGCAGCCGGGCGGGACUUUAUUGUGCACACAUCACAGAGGUGACCCUACUCGAAUAUGUUUGUUUUGACCGCUUUGUUCAAAUUUUGCUUUUGUGUUCCUUUAAUGUAGGGGAAAGAAACGAGAGGGAGAGAGAGAGAGUACGCUAAUUACCCCCAGUCCUUUAUCAUAAUGGCCUUGCUUCAUGAAACACCUUCUUAAUUUCUCUGCUUUCCCCCGUGGGCACUUAAAUCAUUCCCCAGGAGGAGCCUUAUGCAUACAUCAUGAAUGUACACGUCUCCCUCGGCAUGGACCUACGGCUCCGCGUUCAUUUUGAAAAUUCCCUUUACCCUUAUGCAGUGCAAUGCACAACACUAAAUGCAUUUUUAGGAAUGUGAAUACAGAGUUGUAUUUAGUGUUGUUGUAGAUGUUAUUCAGGUUUUUUCUUCUAAGUGGGUUUUUUUCGCGAGCAUGAACACAGACAAGCAUUCCAUUUCUUCUGUUUUCCUGACGUGUGUGCGGACCUGAGUGGACGUUUAUUAUGCAGUCACUCAAGACAUUUCACCAGAAGCGAACGUAUUUCUUUUUAAUACCCGUAAAUGUGGACGAUUUCUAAAUAUCUUUAAAACACAGGUGUACAGGUUCUGAAUAAUCCAUUAUUGAUAACGUAUUUUUGAAUGAUGCAAUGUCUCCUUCUCGCAUAUUAUACAGACUUGGCUCUCGCCGACCGAUAAUCUAUCCUCUGAGCCUUUUUCUUAAGCUUUUAAAACAGAUAAUUGUGUUUCUGUUUUUUUUCGUUUUUCCUUUUUUUUUUUUUUUUCUUACAAAGGCGAGCAGCACAUCAGACAUUUCACAUGUCUUACCUCAUCGUGUACAGGUGCUGGCCACAUCAGAGCACAGACGCAGCAUAAAUCGACUUGUUCCUGAGCAUAUUAAUAGCAAUACCACUUGUCAGUGCUGACGUUUCCAUACCAGGCUGUGACAACUGAAACGGGGCACGCGCCUGAGCAUUUUCCUUCCUCGAGAGGUUUCACGGAUUUGCUCGCUGUCGAAGGAUAUUUACAGAGCUGAUGAUCAGCACAGAAACCCACAGAAACCACUAUGAACAUCUCUCCGUACAGAAGGGAUGCCAACAUGGUUUCGCCCUAACUUAAGUGUUACAUUGUCACCGUUGCAGCAGAAUACAACAAGCAGAAACUGUGUCAUCCAUCUAUCUCGUCUUUACAUAUAUCUGCCUGCUCUGAGGGUUGAAAAUGUUGUAAAUGAAAAAUGUGGGACAUGGUCUGUUACACUGUAUAUUCUGUUAAAACAUGCCUCUUUCAUAUAAUAAAGCAUUAAUGAUGACAAGCUU